UGGAGGAAAGAAGGUCGCCCUGGGUACGUUAAAACAUUAAAACGCAUUCUGCCACUACCAUUUGGUGGUUGGGCUGUUGGAGCCAGGGCAGGGGACAGACAGUGGACAGCGUCUCAUCCCUGCCACCACCACCACACCGCUGCAUGAGUUCAUUUGUGAAUUGGACAAUUCGAGAGACACAUGCUCCCGAUGUCAACUCCGCCUUCUACCCCCGCCACCAUGGGCACCGGUAGCUUGUGCGUGACCCAACCACCGACCAAGGCGGUCCAGUUCACCACCACCACCACAUACAUCUUCCACACAGCUCUGGGCGGUAGUGCACUUCCCACGGAAACCGGACCUGCGUUGGGCCUGGCACGACGCCAUUUUGACAUCCACGUCGCGGACCUCCCAUCGUCCAGGUAUUGCCGCCGCGGCCGCGUUCGAAAGAUCGGCCACCACGAACGCAUUGACCUACUCAAAGCGGCGGGGUUCCCAGUGAAGGACAUUGCAGAGUUCUGCAGCGAAGCCAUCGACAUCCGACAGUCUCGAGCCGCCACACGGAUCGAAGCCAAGCUCAAACGAAAGGUCGAGGCCGACAUGGACGGCGCAGCGUCGAAACGACAGCGGCGCGUACUCUGCUAGGGGGAUGUACAUAUCGUCACGGCGAAAGCCUCCCACACCACAUGUAAAUUAAUCGAAUCUAACUUUAAACGGAAUCAAUACUUCUAUACCU